CUUGACUUUGCAUCUUGUUUGAGUGUCUGCAGUGAUUUUCCUAAUUUAUUGAGAACAUAUGCAGAGUUUUUCUGGGGAAAGCUCCCUAAUUUCCAUUUGGAUUUCUAUCUUUCCCGGAAAAGUCUGAGGCCUGUCCAGGCAACAACUCCCCUGCGUUGUGUGAAUUUGUUUUCAAAAAUGUCUGUUAUGAGUUUGUUGGGGGAUCCAAAACCUGGUCCCAAGCUGAGAGCAGCUGUGAAAAGCAAGGAGGGGAACUCCUGAAGGCGAUGACCAUCCCAAUCAAAAUCUUCCUGAAGAACAUCACCGGAGGGAGAAACACCAGCAACUUCACCUGGUGGCUGGGAAAGGGGGUCCAAGGGCUGUACCAGGGACCCGCCAUAACAGAAAAUGUUGACAUCUCAAAGGACAACUGCACAUACAUGAAGCUGAAUCCUCUUCAUCUCAUCACAUCUGACUGCAACCAGAGACGAGGCUUCCUCUGCACCCACAAUUUGUGGUCAUCAUCCAACACAAAGAAGACAAUGGCAUCCAGUCAUGCAGCCAGAUCCCGGCUCAAAAGGGAUUCAACUGACAUGGGCUCGUAUGUUAGAAAUAUUGUCGCCCUUCUCCAGGCAGCGGAUAAAGAACUGCUGCGAAUGGAGACAACAGAAGGGGAGCCGACUGCUAAAAGCAGGGACAACUUCAUUAGGUAUUUAUUGGGAGGCACUAAAGCUCUGACACCACAAUUUGCUAUCCAAAACAGCAACAUUAUCAGUCACAUCAUCAACUGUAGCACUGCCAUUAACAUUCUCUCAGUGAGAAAAUGUGACAUCCAGACUAACCCAAACCCUACUAAUUUGUUUGAGGACAUCUUUGAGAUCUUUAGGACAAUCUCCUUGCUAUUGGGUCGCGCUAAUGGUACACAGCAGUUUAUCAUCAGGUACCCAUCAGGCACCAUCUAUCAAAACAGUUCUAAACCUGCUGAAAUCAGCAAUGUAGUGCUCGGGUCAGAGAAAGAUGGGACGUUCAUCAGACUCCCCUCAUAUUCAGCACUGCAGUCUCAGCUUGGAGAGUAUAGUGCAAUCAUCUCUCAGAUGUCUACAUUCUUGGUGAAUCCCCAUCCGUCAGACAACAUUUCAGGAAUUGUUUGCAGCCUUAUACUUAGUGAUGGAGUCUCAGAUAUAAAGCUGGCAAACCUGACAGAAAUGAUAGAGAUCUAUUUGCCUCAGCCAAAUGCGUCCACACCGCUGAACACUACUGUUGUGUUGGAGAAAGACACAAAAGCGAUAACCAUCUUCGAAGUCUCAGACCCUAAUGUGACCAUCUUCUUCAGCGUGAUGCCCAGUGCCAAUGUGUCUUUAGUUCUAGUGCUGUCUAAAGGGUCACCUAAUGGUUCAUAUUCAGGCCGCAGAACCACGAAUACCACCUUGACACAAAUAGGAGACUAUCGCUAUAUGAUAACCCCAGAGAUGUUACAGCAGACCCCUGGUGUCUGGUAUGUUAACAUCACACUCAAUUCCACCUGGAAGCCGGGCCUGACACUGAUCAUCACUUCUUUUAUGAGCAAGUGCUUGUACUGGAACAAAGACAGGGAAACAUGGAGCACUGAUGGCUGCAAGGUGGGAGAGAAAAGCACUCCAGAGCAAACACAGUGUCUUUGUAACCACCUGACUCUCUUUGGGAGCUCCUUCUUUGUGAUGCCGAACAAAGUGGACCUAUCUCGAACAGCAGAGUUGUUUGCCACUGUGUCUCAGAACUAUGUGGUGCUGGCACUGCUGUGCGCUUUCUUCGGCCUCUACCUGGUCACUCUGCUGUGGGCCUGCUAUGCUGACCGCAGGUCACACUCUAAGAGGAAGGUGACUCUGCUGGAAGACAAUCACCCGGGCGCUGGGUACAACUAUCUGAUCAGUGUCCAUACUGGCCAUCGCAAGAAUUCUGGGACUACUGCCAAUGUGACAGUGAAGCUGACUGGCAUAGAGGGAGAGAGCAACACACACAACCUCACAGAUCCUGACAAGCCUGUGUUUGAGAGAGGCGCUGUCGAUAUGUUCCUUUUGGCCACUCCCUUCCCACUGGGCGAAGUGCGAAACAUCAGGCUGCAGCACGACAACUCUGGAGGUCACCCAUCAUGGUAUAUAAACAAGGUGACCGUUCAAGACCUCCAAACACGACACGUGUGGCACUUCCUCUGUGACUGCUGGCUGAGUGCUGACCAUGGCGACGGCAUGACUAAAAAAACUUUCAAUGCUGCAAAGAACAACGAGAUUGCCAGCUUCAGAAAUAUUUUCCAUACCAGAACAUCGACUGGCUUUAGGGAUGAACACAUCUGGGUGUCCAUAGUGGAUCCUCCCUCACGUAGUCCGUUCACACGUGCCCAGAGGGUGUCUUGCUGCAUGAGUCUGCUCCUCUGCACCAUGGCCAUCAAUAUCGCCUUCUGGAACCUUCCUGCAGAUCCGGCCUCGCCAGUAGUCUUUGGAAUCGGUUCAUUGCAAAUCACCUGGCAGGAGCUCAUGGUUGGGAUAGAGAGUGGUCUUCUCAUGUUUCCAAUCAACAUCCUCAUCAUCACCAUCUUCCGAAGCAUCAAACCUCGUAUAACUUCAAGAUCUCUAAAAAGUGACUCUGAGGACAACUUGAAACCCCGCGCAGUUACCACACCAGCUAUUCUGAAGGAUACAGAGGAGGUGAUUUCGUUGGUGAGCAGAAGUGCGAGGAACAAGAUGUCAGAGAUUCCCAGGCUUGAGUCCACCGCUGACCUCUUCCCUGCCUUGGAUAGGGUGCAUGAGUUCAUCCAGCUUAUGCAAGGGGAGAGUGAGAGUGACCCCCACUGGGUGCACUGCAGCAAGUUCCUCCUAGCUGGUCUUUGUCACCUCAUGAUGUGCCUGGAGAAACUGGAUGAAAAGAACUUCCCGAGUACACAAGAGUACCAACAGGCCCUCAACACCACCAACCUGCUGGUUCGCAAGGCUGAGAUGGUCUUCACCAGCCACUUGGCCUACUGCCCACCUCCCGUGAGGAAGAAGAAGAAGUCGGGGGGCUGCUGGCUGCCCUGGUGGUGUGUCUUCCUGGGCUGGUUCCUGUUGCUGUCUAUCAGUAUAGUAUCCACUUACUUCACCCUGUUAUACGGCUUUGAGUACGGCAAAGAAAAGUCCAUCAAGUGGGUCAUGUCUCUGGGCCUCUCCCUCUUCCAAAGCAUCUUUAUACUGCAGCCUCUCAAGGUGAUAUGCCUCGCUGUAUUUUUUGCCCUGCUGCUGAAACCUGUAGCUGUGGAGGAGAGUGAAGAAAUUGAGCAAGUGCUGUUAGCGCAACAACACAAGUGUAGUCUGUACUCUGGCAGGCACACACUGUGAGGAAGCUGCAUUUACCGGGAUAAGCGGUCUUAUCCAAUGGGCUGCAAUCCAUGACACCCUCGCUUCUUAAACACUCUUUUGCACUUACUGGAAGUAAGUUUACUUUCUGAAUAUAACAACUGCAUAACACAUUCUGGUGUUUUGUACGUGUACAUUUCCAAUGCCUGAGAAAGUUUUCUGAAAUGGUGAGUCAGAGUAAAUGGGUAAUAAAAAAAACUAUUUUCCUUGCAUGUCAAAGUUGUUACUUUUUCAAGUAAUUUACUAUCCAUGAUAUCCUGUAUGUUUUUUGCAUUAAAAUGAUAUUUAUUGUUGGCACAAAUCAUAUACUAUUAGCAUCUUUGAAAAUAGUCAUAUGGUCAGCGUUCAAAGACUCGAAACAGCUGCAGCGUACUGCUUUCAACGUGACAUGACACAUCAUCACUUUUAUGUAAUUGCACAUAUGGGAGCUAAUUUAUAAUUGAUCACAUUGUAAAACAUGCUGACGGUGCAUGUCAUGACUUUUCAUCAUACAUGCCUGCUAAUAUGUGAUUCAGUAUGUCCUCCAUGAAUGAUUUAUGUAGCAGAUCUAACUACUGUCAAGUUUGUGCAUUGGGUUUGGGGGAUACAAGCGGGUCUGCGGGCACUUUAAUGUCCUGUCUUAGACCUUCUGUGCUUUUAUUUAAU